GUCAGUAUAUAAAUGCUCUCCUAUUUCCCUCGAAUACAUCCGGACUCAUUAAACACCUUGCUCGGAAUUUUUCAACUGCAGAAUGUCAUCUGUCCAAGAACAGUACCUCGCGCUGGCCCACUCGGCUGGCAAAGUCGACCCCUCUAGGAUAAACGCUCUCUUCGAUCAGCUGCAGCCCAUCAAACCCGAGCAUCUCGUGGGUGAAUGGAGCGGCGGGUUCUUUGACACCGGUCACCCGGUGGCAGACACGCUCAAGGAAAUCAAAUGGGUUGGAAAGUCAUUCAAAUCGGUUGAGCACGUCGACCCAGUGAUUGUGGAUCGGGACGGAAAGAGAGCCAGUUGGGGCCAAUGGGGCUUUGCUACCGUUAGGGAGACGGUGUACCGAGGCGUCGUGUCGGCCACGAUGAUCUAUGACGACAGGCCCGUUUUCGACCAUUUCCGCUACGUGAAUGAGAAUUUACUUGCGGGGGUUAUGGAGGGGAAGGGAUUGAAUGGUGCGGGUGACUUUUUCUUCUAUCUUGAGAAAUAG